AUAAUGAUGUUCCAGAACAGGCAAUUAUGCAACUCACAGAACAUAGGAGCGUUCAAGGAAUUCGUGCUUACAAGCAGGUUAAUGAGGAUCAACAACUUAAUACUAUAAAUACUUUGAUCAAUAUUACGGAUG